AUGACAACACUAGUUGUCGGAGGAAUUUUUAACGCUGUGGCACUUGCUGGAGCAGAAUUUCUGAUUUCCAAAUUGAACAAUGCUGGAUAUAAAAAAUAUACUAAAAACAUCAUCAAACUCUCGAAGUACUGGCGAAAGCCCAAGAAAGAGAAGGAGAUGAACCUUAGGAACGAUGAGCAAAGACGGAGAGAAGAAAUUUUGAGCGCAAACAAAGACAUCGAGGAAUUGAACCGAGACUUGGAAGAGCUAAGAAAUUUUACAAAGUUGACGAAUGAUACAGCACAGCGAGAGAUGCCAAAACUUGGCGACUUUUACAAACCGUCUGACGAAAUGAAAAAUAUGCAAUGGUAA